CUUUGCGACCCUUAUCCUCUUUAGGUCCAGCCCUCUGGGAAGAUGGCAGCAGUGCAGGCGGCUGAAGUUAAAGUAGACGGCGGCGAGCCGAAACUGAGCAAAAAGUGGUGGUAAUCGGUAGUUCCAGGGUGUUCUGCCAUGUUGACGCAAGCUGCUAUAAGGCUUGUUAGGGGGUCCCUGCACCAAACCUCCUGGGCACAGUGGGGGCAGAGGGAGCUGCGCCUGCGUCAACUUGCUCCUUUCACAGCGAUUCACAAGGACAAGCCACUUUCUGAUAAAAGAAGUGAGCUAAAGAGACGCCUGAAAGCUGAGAAGAAAAUAGCAGAGAAGGAGGCCAAGCAGAAGGAGCUCAGUGAGAAACAGCUAAGCCAGGCCACUGCUGCUGCCACCAGCCACACUGCUGACAAUGGUGUGGGUACGGACGAGGAGAGCCUAGACCCUAAUCAAUACUACAAGAUCCGUAGCCAAGCAGUCCAACAAAUGAAGGUUAAUGGGGAAGACCCAUACCCACACAAAUUCCACGUAGACAUCUCACUCACUCACUUCAUCCAAGAAUACAGUCACCUGCAGCCUGGGGACCACCUGACUGACAUCACCUUAAAGGUGGCAGGUAGGAUCCAUGCCAAAAGAGCUUCUGGGGGAAAGCUCAUCUUCUAUGACCUUCGAGGAGAGGGGGUCAAGUUGCAAGUCAUGGCCAAUUCCAGGAAUUAUAAGUCAGAAGAAGAAUUUAUUCGUAUCAAUAACAAACUGCGCCGGGGAGACAUAAUUGGCGUUCAGGGAAAUCCUGGGAAAACCAAAAAGGGCGAACUGAGCAUCAUUCCCUAUGAGAUCACACUGCUGUCUCCGUGCUUGCACAUGUUACCUCAUCUUCACUUUGGCCUCAAAGACAAGGAAACACGAUAUCGUCAGAGAUACUUGGACUUGAUCCUGAAUGACUUUGUGAGGCAGAAAUUUAUCAUCCGCUCUAAGAUCAUCACAUAUAUAAGAAGUUUCUUGGACGAGCUGGGAUUUCUGGAGAUUGAAACUCCCAUGAUGAACAUCAUCCCUGGGGGAGCUGUGGCCAAGCCUUUUAUCACCUACCACAAUGAGCUGGACAUGAACUUAUAUAUGCGAAUUGCCCCAGAACUCUACCAUAAGAUGCUGGUGGUUGGUGGCAUUGACCGGGUUUAUGAAAUUGGACGCCAGUUCCGGAAUGAAGGAAUUGAUCUGACCCACAAUCCCGAAUUCACCACCUGUGAAUUCUACAUGGCCUAUGCAGACUAUCAUGAUCUCAUGGAAAUCACGGAGAAGAUGAUUUCAGGGAUGGUGAAGCACAUUACAGGCAGUUACAAAGUCACCUACCAUCCAGAUGGCCCAGAGGGCCAAGCAUGUGAGAUUGACUUUACCCCACCCUUCCGGAAAAUCAGCAUGGUAGAAGAGCUUGAGAAAGCCCUGGACAUGAAGCUGCCAGAAACUAACCUCUUUGAAACUGAAGAAACUCGUAAAAUUCUUGAUGAUAUCUGUGUAGCAAAAGCUGUUGAAUGUCCUCCACCUCGGACUACAGCCAGGCUCCUUGAUAAGCUUGUCGGAGAGUUCUUGGAAGUCACGUGCAUCAAUCCUACAUUCAUCUGUGAUCACCCGCAGAUAAUGAGCCCUCUGGCCAAAUGGCACCGCUCUAAAGAAGGUCUGACUGAACGCUUUGAGCUAUUUGUCAUGAAAAAGGAAAUAUGCAAUGCCUACACUGAGCUGAAUGACCCCAUGCGACAGCGGCAGCUUUUUGAAGAACAGGCCAAGGCCAAAGCUGCCGGGGAUGAUGAGGCCAUGUUCAUAGAUGAAACCUUCUGCACCGCCCUAGAGUACGGGCUGCCCCCCACAGGUGGCUGGGGCAUGGGCAUCGACCGCGUUGCCAUGUUUCUCACGGACUCCAAUAACAUCAAGGAAGUGCUUCUGUUUCCUGCCAUGAAACCUGAAGACAAGAAGGAGAAUGUCCCGACUACUGAUACAUCGGAAAGCACAGCACCCGGCACUUCUGUCUAGAAAACAAUUGCAAGUCCUGUGACUCCAGCAUCUUUGUGUUUCUGCAAAAGAUCAAGGACUGUGAGAGGAUUCCUGUGUGUAUUGCUAUGUGACUAUCACAGUUCAGUUCAGCCAUAAGAAGAGAGAAGAGGAAUUAAGAAUUCCUUUUUACUUCUUGUUACUAAAUAAACCAUUUGUCUCUA